AUGGAAUCGAGGGUGCACGCCGCCAUGCUGCUGUCGGCAAUCGGCCUCUCGGCCGGUGCGCACUCGGAGCGACGACGGCCGAGCGCUGAUCGCGAGGAUGGCUUGAGACUCGAAUUUGACUUCUCCACCGAGAUCGUCAACAACAUGGCCGGCUUCCCUGGAAGCGACGCCGUCGCUGGCUGCUCAAGUGAUUCGGCGUUUGGGAUCGGAUCGGAUCGUUGCGGCAUUGGCAUACUCUCCGAACCAUUCGACAACUACAAGUACCCAGACGGCACCGAAAAAUACCCAGACGCGCCAGGCAGCUGGCCAGAGUGGUCGAGCAUUACGGGGCCUUUCAUCUACACAAAUGGCGCAAGCAAUGAGUUCUACAUCGACCUCAACAACUGCGACUGCAUCGACUUUGACUCGCCGCCCGAGAAGAAGGUGGUCCGCUACGAAAAUGUCGGCGAGCUGGCCAUACCUGGGCAAUCGCCUGCAAAAGGCUUGCUCGACACGAGCAACGCGUGCAACAAGGUGCCGAAUCCCGACCAAGCUAACCACCCAGACGAGACCAUAAGGUACCACAGGAACAAGUUCCGGCAGACCGUCAACUCCGCCUGGGUCGCGGGUGUGUCCAACAACGGCAACCCGUUCGAGUACAUCGAGUGCACCCCAGGCGAGAAGUACAAUGCGUCGGGCAUCUACAACGAGUCGUCGGGGACCUCGGACCGGCUGGACCCCGAUGCCGCGCCCAACAACGACGGCACCACGCCCGAGAGUGAGCUCUGGUACAUGCCCUUCCGCUGGACGAUGCCGAAGUUCGCCUGCUUCCAGUACAAGAACACGUCGAACUUCUACCUCAUGUACACCGUCGGGCCAGGAGUCAACGGCUACGACUCGGGCCGGAACUUCCUCUUCGCCACCUACACCCGUAGAGUGUUGUAUCACCCGCCGCCGCCGUCGCCGCCGCCGCCGCCGCCGCCGCCGCCGUCGCCACCGCCGCCGUCGCCACCGCCGCCGUCGCCGCCGCCGCCCAGUCCGCCGCCCUCGCCUCCGGCGCCGUCGCCGCCGCCGCCGUCGCCGCCGCCGCCUUCACCUCCGCCACCCACGCCGCCGCCGCCCUCGCUUCUGCCGUCGCCACCGCCGCCGUCGCCACCGCCGCCGCCGUCGCCUCCGCCUUCACCUCCGCCACCCACGCCGCCGCCGCCCUCCACCUCAUCGGCGCCGUCGCCGCCUCCGCCGUCGCCUCCGCCGUCGCCGCCGCCGUCGCCGCCGCCGCCGCCGUCGCCUCCAUCGACUCCGCCAACACCGCCACCGCCGCCAAGCUCGACAUCCCUCGUCCCGGCGGUGCUCCCCUUCGGGGUCAACAAGAUUUUCGUUCGCAUGAAGUCGGGCGGCGGCGGCGAGGGUGGAGGCGAGGGCGGAGGCGAGGGCGGAGGCGAGGGCGGAGGUGGCGAGGGCGGAGGUGGCGAGGGCGGCGGCGGCGAGGGCGGCUGCAGCGGCUGCGGCGGGGAGGGAGGGUGCGAGGGCGGCGGUGGCGAGGGCGGCGGUGAGGGCGGCGGCGGUGCUGGUGGCGGCGGCGGCGGCGUGGUGACGGGAGGCGAGGUCGAGCUCGGCGGCAUGCCGGAAGGCGGCGCAGGCGAGGGCGGAGGGGAGGGCGUAGGCGAGGGCGGAGGUAGCGAGGGCGGCUGCAGCGGCGGCGGCGGCGAGGGCGGCUGCAGCGGCGGCGGCGGGGAGGGAGGGUGCGAGGGCGGCGGUGGCGAGGGCGGCGGCGAGGGCGGCGGCGGUGCUGGUGGCGGCGGCGGCGGCGGGGUGACGGGAGGCGAGGGCGAGAGCGGCGGCAUGCCGGAAGGCGGCGGAGGCGAGGGCGGAGGCGAGGGCGGAGGCGAGGGGGGAGGCAAGGGCGGAGGGGAGGGCGGCGGCGGCGAGGGCGGCGGCAGCGGCGGUAGCGGGGAGGGAGGGUGCAAUGGCGGCGGUGGCGAUGGCGGCGGUGAGCGCGGCGGCAGUGCAGGUGGUGGUGGCGGCGGCGGGGUGACGGGAGGCGAGUGCGAGAACGGCGGUAUGCCGGAAGGCGGCGGCGGCAAGGGCGGAGGCGUGGGCGGAGGCUGCGAGGGCGGAGGGGCGGGCGGCGGCGGCGAGGGCGUCUGCAGCGGCGGCGGCGGGGAGGGAAGCACGUCGGACGGCCAGAAGUCGUGGCACGUUGCGGCGCCGCUUACCCAGCCCCCGAAUAUCUCCUCGUCGUGGCAAAAGCGUUUGUCUGGGGUGGGCUCAAGCACGAGGCAAGGCUCCAGAGGCAGCGGCGGUGAGGGCGGCGGCAGUGGUGGUGGCGGCGGCGGGGUGGCGGGAGGCGAGGGCGAGAGCGGCGGCAUGCCGGAAGGCGGCGGCGGCGAGGGUGGAGGGGAGGGCGGAGGCGAGGGCGGAGGCGAGGGCGGAGGCGAGGGCGGAUGCGAGGGCGGCGGCGGCGAGGGCGAAGGGGCGGGCGGCGGCGACGAGGGCGGCUGCAGCGGCGGCGGCGGGGAGGGAGGGUGCGAGGGCGGCGGUGGCGAGGGCGGCAGCAAGAUCGGCGGCAGUGCAGGUGGUGGCGGCGGCGGCGGGGUGACGGGAGGCGAGGGCGAGAGCGGCGGCAUGCCGGAAGGCGGCGGCGGCGAGGGUGGAGGGGAGGGCGGAGGCGAGGGCGGAGGCGAGGGCGGAGGCGAGGGCGGAUGCGAGGGCGGCGGCGGCGAGGGCGAAGGGGCGGGCGGCGGCGACGAGGGCGGCUGCAGCGGCGGCGGCGGGGAGGGAGGGUGCGAGGGCGGCGGUGGCGAGGGCGGCAGCAAGAUCGGCGGCAGUGCAGGUGGUGGCGGCGCCGGCGGGGUGACGGGAGGACUCCAGUCGACUG